UUUAAGAAUUGUGAUACAUUUAAUAAAGCAUCUCGUUUUAACAAUAUUUACAGUAUUUUUGUUUCAGGCUAUUAUUGAAAAUGUGGGAAAAGAAAUGACAACUAACGCUAUUCAAAGUGCAAUGAAUAUUCGCUUUCCGGACCAUAAGUUCAUUGUUACAUGUGCAUCAUUGCAUAAUUCAAAUGUCAUUGAUGGGAAAAGUAUCGCCAUAAGAGGAGUGAAAAUAGAAGAGAUGGUAACCUUCAUUUCAGCAGGGGACGGAUACUGUAAUCUUAUGGAUAAAGGAAAAUGGUGCCAAGUAGUGGCUUUGAGUGCUUAA